AUGCCAUCGCGGGAAUUACAAUUUAUUAUCACAGCUCCCGAAGCUAGCACACCAACCACCUUACAGCGGAGAGUUGCUCGUUCGCACGCUGCACGCUCUGCGCACGCGCAAGAGCGGCGCCUCCGGACUUCACAAUACCAGGCUCAGAAGAGGCGCGAAGAGUUGGAUGAUGCAAAGCGCAGAAUAAGCAGGCCAAUCGAGGUCACAACUGUACUUCCGGCUUCCCGAAAAGACCCAUUCACCAGUUUCGCAAGGCCCUUGAAGCCCUUCGAGCAAAUGCUGUUUGAUCACUGUAUGUUUGACUGA